AUGGAGGACCUCUUGGCGAGACACCGGAAGGAACUCAAGGACUUGAAUGGGAAGAUAACUGCCUUAAAGAAGUCAGUUGGAGGCAACAAGCAGAAGAAAAAGGAAGUUCAGGUGCAAGUGGCACUACUUGAAAAGGAGUUGGACGAUAGACAUACAAACGAGAAAAAGGAACUCGAACAGAAGGCGGCACAGGCCGGCGUCACGACCGCUGGAGCUGACACUGCGGAAGAGCAACGGAAAGCAGCAGAGUUCGACGCGAUGAGGCGGCAGGCGGCAGAAGAGGCGAAGAAUUCCGUGAAUCAUAAGGAGAUUGAAGAGAAUGUUAUUGCAAACAUGUUGGGACCUAUGAAUUUGAGGAUAAAGCAGAUUCCGCCUGAUGGACAUUGCAUGUACAACGCGAUCGUGGAUCAGCUGGGGGCGAAAGGUGCGGCGGACGGAAAGACAUAUAAGGACCUGAGAAGGAUAGCAGCGGACUUCCUACGAGGUCAUCCAGAUGACUUCCUCCCGUUCCUUGUGACCGACGCUGGCGAUAUGUUCACACCGGAGGAUUACACAGCUUACUGUGAUGACGUGGAGAACACGGCAGCGUGGGGUGGGCAGACUGAGCUGCAAGCAAUCUCACGCGCGCUGGAAAGGCCGAUACAUGUGGUCCAAAUGGGAACCCCCGUGUUGAAGAUUGGAGAGGACUUGGAUGCUGAUCCAUUAUUUGUUUCAUAUCAUCGACAUGCAUACGGCCUGGGAGAGCAUUACAAUUCCCUUUUGCCGACACUCGAGGAUGACCAUGCUUAG